AUGGAUUCGGAAUUCUCGGUCGAGAAGGCCAGGGAGCAAUUCCCGUCUUUGCAGAAGGACCAGAUCUUUGGCGAUAACGCUGGUGGCAGUCAAGUGCUAGGCAGUGUUGCCCACAGGUUUUCUCAACUUCGAGUGAUUGGAGCAUCCACCACUCAGGUCUUGCGGAAUCUCGCCGCUUCCAUUAAGCUCGAAGCUGGCGAUGAGCUUAUUCUCUCCGAGAUUGACCAUGAGUCGAACAUUGAUCCAUGGCUGCACUACGCCCAAAUCGCUGGCGCGAACAUCAAGUGGUGGUCGCCAGCUGAUCGAUCGAACCCGAAGCUUGAUGCCAAGACCCUUCAAAGUCUAUUGACUACCAAGACACGCCUUGUGGCCUGUACACAUGCUAGCAAUAUUCUUGGUAGCAUUCAUGACAUCAAGGCCAUUGCCGAUACGAUACACGAGAUUCCCGAUGCCCUUCUUUGCGUGGACGGCGUUGCCUACGCUCCACACCGGGCGAUUGACGUAAAAGAGCUUGGCGCAGACUUUUAUGCCUUUUCUUGGUACAAGAACCCCAAAAAGACAUGGGAUGAGAUCACCCAGCACGAAGAAAAGCUUCAGAAGCGCCUUAUUGAGUACCUCGACUCAAGACCAGACAUUUCCAUCCGUGGAGAAACUUCAUCCGAGGCCGCAGUUCGACUACCGACUAGCGUGGUAGAGGCUGUUGAAACACAGUCGAAUAUCGGAAUUCGCUGGGGUCACUUCUUCUCCAAGAGACUGGCUGAAAGGACUCUCGGUCUCGACGAUGAUGGCGUAGUGCGGGUCAGCCUAGUGCACUACAACACCGGUGAGUAA